UCAGAGUCGCGCUCACCGCACAGACACGUAGGUAGACAGACAGCCGCCCUAACAGCAUUUUACUUCAGAAGGUCUGAAUGUGACGAGGAGCUGCUGAGCGACAACCAGCCUUGCGUUGGCUAAAGCAAUGGUCUGUUGAGGCGCUUCGGCAGGAAAUGACUCCAUGAGAGCCAAAAACAACAGUCCUAAAGCUUGAGGUAGGCUGAGCGCAGCUAUGUCCAGAUCCACGAGAUCCAUGUCAAGAUCUCGGAGCCGUUCGAGGUCCCGAUCGAGGUCCCGAUCAAGGUCCCGAUCAAGGUCCCGUUCCUCAUCACGGUCCAGGAGUCGUUCCCGGUCCAGGAAACAUCGGUACAGCUCUAGGUCUCGGUCAAGAUCUCAUUCCCCAUUUCAUAACCGAGAGAAAAAAUAUCCGAGGGCAUACCAGAACAACAACAGGGAGUUCCGGGGGUAUCACCGUGGCUUUCGGAGGCCUUACAAUUUUAGAGGUCGAGGAAGGGGGCAGUUUAACCGUGGACGCUACCACCGUGGAGGUGGCGGCUACAACAACAACAACAACUUCCGUCCGAACUGGAAAAACUUCAAGCAGUACCAUCAUCAACAGCAACCGCAGCAGCAACAGCAACAGCAGCAGUUUAAUCACUCAAGAGGGCGAUCGCACAAUGUGCAAAAACACUCAGGAAGUCCUCCUCAGGGUCACUCUCAACAGACUGAGAGAUCGUCUUCCCCCUUGUCCAGACACUCGCAGCAUUCUUCCUCCUCAUCACACUCCUCUUCCCCAAAAUCCAGGCCAGCCUCAAUGCUGGCUAAUCAAAACUCUAAAGAUGUCAAGGAGCAGCAUCUGGCAUCCAAGGAGGUCCAAAAAGUAGGAGGGGGAGAUGAUGAGCCUGAAGAGCAUGUUGGGUUACUGGCAGGAGAUACUAGAGACGGAGCAGGCUGUGGGAAAGCUGAGAGGACCUGGCACAAUCUGACAGACUGCAGCAGUCCAAAGAAAAGCAGUCCUGUUUCUAGCACUGAUGCUAAUGUUGGGCAGAGUAAUCAAACUAUUCCUUUGUCGAGUCCCACAAAAAUCACAAAUGACACCAGAAAUGGCUCCCCAAUGAUGGAGGCAGCAUCAUGUUCAUCCUCAUCAAGGAAGGCCUCAAAUGAAGGUCUGAAUCCCAUGCUUUCCAGCUUUGACUUCUUUUCCAGUGAGGAGUACACAGAUGGAGAUAAAACAGCUAUCUCUAUUGCUUUCAAAAAGUUUUUGGAGGAACACACCAAAAAAGCUAAAUCUGCUUGGGAAAAUGGCAAGAUCAGAGAAAGCAAUCAUGUGGAUAAUGAAAAAGGAAAACAGAAUGGGAAAUCUUCAGUGGUUAUCUCUGAUACUUUACAGAAACUACAGAGGGAGGACAUUGAGAGCGAAGUGUCCCUGAGAAGCUGUUUGAAAGCCACUCAGUUUUUGCCUGCUGAGUUGCAGGAUGAUGAUAUUGAUGAGAUGAUCAUUCGGCCACCUUUAAAAUCCCUUCAGAAAGAGUGGCAAAAUGGAGAUGAGCUAUCUAAACCAAAGAGCAAGGUCACUCAUUCAGCCCAAAAGCUCUUUGAAAAGUGGCAGAAUGCAGCCUGUGCACAGUUUGGGCAAGCAGACCUUGAUACCAUGGUAAGGGAGAUGUAUUUGAGUGGAAAACAUGAUAAAUCAGAAACCACCACUGCUGCUCUUGGUAAAAGAGAGAUAAAAGGGGAUUUCAAGGAUAUUUCCCCAGGAAUAAGCUUUAAAAUACGGAAGACCGCUAAAUCUCCCUCUGAACCUCCACUGAGGCAAACCUCUGACAGAGAGAUGUUCAUGGUUAGAGGAGAGGAUCAGCAUCUGAUGCCUUCAAGAAAACAGGAACCAAAGUGUAAUGUAAGAAUGGAUUUUCUUGGAGAUGACCCCAUGAGCGCUUCAGAUAUUUUAGCUGAAGAGCGGCAGUUGUCUCAAGACUUGGUGCAGUCAUCAAAAAAGCAUCAGGAGUUUCGUUCCAUCUUUCAACACGUUCAGACUGCUCAGCCACAGAGGAGCCCUUCUGAGUUGUUUGCUCAGCACAUUGUGGCCAUCGUUCACCACAUUAAGGCCCAGCACUUUCCAUCUUCUGGUAUGACUCUAAACGAGCGAUUCACCUUGUACCAAAGACAAGCAGCAGAGAAGGAAAUGAUUAAGCCAAGAAAAAGCCCAGAGAUACACAGGCGGAUUGAUGUUUCACCAAGUGCUUUUAAGAAGCACCCUCAGCUUUUCGAGGCGAUGAAAAGCUCAGAGGAGGGGACUUACAAGGACGGUUUGGAAAAAGUGAAGGGGGAUCCAAUGGACCUUCGAUUGGAUAUAGAGCGUCGGAAAAAAUAUGCCAUGCAUGAAAGAAUUACAGGAGAUUCCCAGGACUAUGGUCAGGAGAAAUCUGAAGAAAGUCUCUCGAAAUACAGCAAGAAAUCAAAAAAAAUUAUCCGUAAACGCUCUCGCUCCAGCUCAUCCUCUUCUUCCUCCUCCUCCAUUUCUCACAAUGAGGAAGGUUUAGUUCAUGGGAAGUUUGAGUCAAAGGAUGAAAUCUUUAACAGGGCCCGACUUGGACAGAGGGAACCACCUGGAAAAGUUGAAGGAGUGCGGACACAAGAAGAAUUUCUUCAGAAAAUUCAAAUCCAAAGAAGCAGCUGGAACAAAGGCAGCCAUCAAGGAAACAGCUCACACAGUGAAGAAGUAAACACAGCAGCAAACGCCAAAAAUGAAGCCUGGGAACCAAAGUUUAGUCCAAGGAACAAAACAUACUUCUUACAUGAUGACAGAGACCAUGAGUCUACAUGGAUACAAAACCAAGGGCAGGGUCGGGGAAACCUUCCUCCUGGAAGGACACGAUUUAUCAUCCGCAAAGCCACAGGCAAUGCAAACAUCUCCAAAUGGGCUGUUGAUAAGGAGGCUGAUCAGGACCACAAAGUGGAAGAAAUCAAUGGACAAACCACCUGAACAAUGCAGAAAUCAGUUGAAGAGAAAUUUUCAGACAGAAUGGAUCAAUUGACGCUGAUUAGAAUAUAUGAUCAGUGUAGGAUGCCUUUUUUUUCACAUUGUAUAUUCACCCUCUAUUAUAUCAGGUUACAUAUUGUGACUAAUAGUAGCACUGGUUGGAGCAAUUUCUUUUUAAUAAAUAUUACAUUUAAAUGUUACAUUUUUUGUGUGACAUCUCUCAUGCAAGGUUUUUACAGAUUUUUUUUUUUUAUUCAGGCAUGUUAACUGUCUCUUAACUGCUUUUUGUUGCUCGCACAAUUCAAUCCGACAAAUCUUUGUGAAAGUUACAGUUAACUUUCUUUGAGAAAAUACAGCAAUGCCUGCAGAUUAAAAUGGGAUAUCUGUUUUGUGAGCAUCUAUAGAAGAAAACAACGCUGUCUCAUCUAGAUCUCGAUCACUGCAGAAAGUACUGUCUACUGUUAUUAUGAUAUAGAAUUAAACUAACUAGAUAAACAACAUGUGAUCCUGAUCUGACACUGGGACCAAACCAUGCAGUGCUGAAGUUUUAAGAGCACCGUGUCUUUACACAACAUCCAGCCAGCUCACACCAGCACUGUCUUGGAGUACGAAGAUGUAUGCUGUCCGAUAUUCUUUAAAGUUCAUUUUUGUUCAUCUCAAGUGCUAGAAAUUUAGAACAUGGAUAAGAUUAUUUGUAGUUGUUCAGCUAAGAAGAGUGGCUUUUGAUUAUGAUGCAAAUGUUUUCAAUACUUUAGUCUUAGAUACAUUUCUCUGGGUUGUGGAUUUGUAUUCAUUUUAAAUGUGUUUAGAUAUGUACAUUAUUUUAGCUUUGCUCAGUCAAAGAUAAGGUUAAUUUUUUUGUGUAUUUAGUUUGUAAUAAACAGAAAAGAUACAGAGUUUGAAUGAAUGUGUUAGAUCUUGUGGAUUGUCUUUUUUUGUUAAGCUUAGGAUAAAAUUCAAAUGCCAAUUGUUCAGAUGACAGAUUCAUUGGUUAAAGAUGAUCUUGUUAAAUAAUGCUGCGGUUUCUUCUGGUUUCCAUUGUGUUUUUCUUUUUCUCUGCAGUUCUAAAUUAAAAUGACAUAAAGGAUUGUG